GGAAAUUGCUAUAUACAAAUCUACCUCGGCUUUUUGACAAGCAGACAUGGCUGUCACACUGCAUACUGAUGUAGGAGAUAUUAAAAUUGAACUAUUCUGUGAGCGUACACCGAAGACUUGUGAAAAUUUCUUGGCUCUCUGUGCGAGUAACUACUACAAUGGCUGCGUAUUUCACCGGAAUAUAAAGGGCUUCAUGGUUCAGACAGGAGAUCCAUUAGGCACUGGGAAAGGAGGUAACAGCAUCUGGGGCAAGAAGUUUGAAGAUGAAUUCAGUGAAUACCUAAAGCACAGUGUCCGUGGGGUAGUUUCAAUGGCAAACAAUGGUCCGAAUACUAAUGGGUCACAGUUCUUCAUCACUUACGGCAAGCAACCGCACCUAGACAUGAAGUACACUGUGUUUGGAAAAGUUAUUGAUGGCUUGGAGACCCUGGAUGAGCUGGAGAAGCUGCCUGUGAAUGAGAAAACUUACCGACCUCUUAAUGAUGUUCGCAUUAAAGAUAUUACAAUUCAUGCCAACCCUUUUGCUCUGUAGCCACAGAGUGCCUCAACACAUUCGUUAGAGACUGGUCAGAUUGACUGCUGGAUUAUGGGGUUUAAUGUGUCAUUAAAAAGGGUUACUUCAGUUGGAUCAUAGCUUUGCUCAUUGAAUGCAGGAUUUUCAGGAGUUGUGACAUUGUUUGGGAGUUGUCACAAAGGAGUCUUGUGCUGUAGAAGUCAGUUUUUCCAGAGUAUCUUCCAGGAUUUUGAUUUUAAACAUUGGUUUUCAUACUUGUAAAAUAAGAAAA